AUGAAAUUUAUUUUCUACAGAUUUUCAAUAUGGAAUACGAUGAUGGGCACUUCGUUAUUGGCUAUGCCUUGGGCCUUAGGCCAAGCCGGAUUAUUGCUUGGACUUGGUAUCAUUUUGAUUAUGGGUGGAAUUUGCCUUUAUACGUGUUAUUUACUGGUGAAAAGUGAAUCUCACUAUAGUACGUUCCAAAUCGUAUGUUAUGUAUUAGUAAUAGAAUAUACAGAUAUAGCCAACAAAUUUUUGGGCCGCUGGGGAAAAUAUUCAAGCCUCUUCUUCAGUAUUUUAACCAUGUUUGGAUCAUUAAUCGUAUAUUGGAUCCUAAUGUCCAGCUUUCUUUACAAUAUCGUCUUAUAUAUAAUCGGUUUACAAUACAACGAUGGUGGUGUUACAACAAAUUCUACUUCAAGCAAAUAUGAUGUCAUUUGUCCGUCUGCUAGCAAUGCUACUACUUCCGAGCUAAACUUCUUGCAAACCGCCAAUAUGUCUGGAUUUAAUGUUGACUUAUUUCUACAAUUGUGGGAUAAGCAAAAGACCGUACCAUUAUUUCUUUUAGUCGUCAUGUUUCCGAUUUUAAAUCUCAAGUCUCCAACGUUCUUCACAAAAUUUAAUUCACUCGGAGCUAUUUCAGUCUGCUAUCUCAUCUUCUUCGUGGUAUUUAAAUCUGUCCGGCUAGGGAUAAACUUUGAUUUAAGCGGAUCGCAUGGAAUUAAACUGGUCAAUUGGAAUUUUCCAGCAUUGAGUGGUAUCUUGGCAAUGGGCUUCUUCAUUCAUAAUUGUAUCUUGGCAAUUGUUAGAAAUCAGGAAAAUCCUAAAAAUAAUGGUCGUGAUUUAUCAAUUGCGUAUUUAUUUGUCUUUGUUACGUAUACGACGAUAUCGGUAUGCUUUUACCUAUCAUUCCCUAUGCAUCGAUCAUGCAUUCAACCUAUCCUUUUGGAUAACUUUCCGGUAUCCGAUAUUAUGGCAUUUUUUGCUCGAAUUGGUCUCUUUUUUCAACUGGUUACUGUUUAUCCGUUAUUGAACUACAUUGUUCGUAUACAAAUUUUACUUAUAGUCUUCAAGAAAGCUUGGCCUAGCAUUCGGCAUGUUUUGCUAUUGAACAUCGGCUUUGUAACGUUUUGCGUCUUAUUCGCUGUGUUUUAUCCUCAUAUCGGAACGAUUAUAAGAUUCGCAGGAGCAUUUUGUGGCUUGGCAUACAUCUUCACAUUUCCACCCGUCAUUUACCUUGUCUAUUGCAAACGAAUAGGAACUUUAACGACAGCCAAAAUUAUAAUCCAUGGUUUUAUUGUAUUGAUAGGCGUAACAAAUGUUAUUGGCCAAUUUCUGAUUUUGUAA